AUGGUAGUCAAAAGAUAUAUGUUUGCUUACAUACCCAAUGCAGCACAAGGAAUUAGUGCUAUUUUACCGCAAUGGGAUGCGAAGCUAAAGUCGCGAAAGUCUGUUCUUUGGAUCAUGCUUUUGACUAGGAUACUGAAAGAAAUUGAAUGCUCCAUCUACAGAUCCUCUCACUACUAUUCAAAAGGUUAUUCUUCGAAUGUCGGAAUAUCCAUUGCACUACUUGCACCAAUCUUUUGUUCAGUUGAUUUAUAUGUUUUACUUUUUCACUGGAAAUUAGUUUAUGGUCCUCGGAUUUUAUUCCUCCAGCAGAAACUAUAUGUCGCUCUGUUUGUUACCGAAGAUCUAAUAGCCAUUUAUAUGCACUGCUUUAAUGGAAGUUCAAAAAAUGCUAGUCUGUUUCGAAGUCUCGGUUCGUACGUGGCGGCCAGCAGCGUCAUCUUGCAGCUUUUCUAUACCCUCGCAUUAUACAUACAGAUAAUUUUCGUAGUUGGUGUACUUAAAUAUAGACCAACGUGUAACUUAAGUGGAUAUUCGCUAAGACCACCAAAAACAAUCCGAGAUGACUCGACCUUAUUAUUUACAAUCUUGUUAACAAGUGCCGUUUUGGUCCGCACUGUUUAUCGUACCUUCGAGUAUGCAAACGGUCGUCAUAGCCAAACUGCCACUCCUGAACUGUGCUUUGCUCUGUUUGACUUUGUUCCGGUAGUUUUUUCUACUUUCAAAAAAAUUCCUGCAAACUAUCCUCGUCUGUGCAUGCAAGAAGCUGUUAGCUAUCUUUUGAAAUUAACCGCUAUAAUGUUAUAUUUUUAG